AUGAUGGAUAUAGCGGAUGUUACUGAAUUUCGUACGACAUGGAAUAAUGAAUUUUUUCUUAAGAAUAAAUCUGCUUUUUCGGCAGCAAAACAUUUAAUUAGAAAAAGUAUUGUUAUUGUUCAAGUCCGAUUAUGCCGUCAAUUAAGAUAUACUGAAAAAGACUUAACAAGUGCGCUACAAUCCGCAGAACAUGAGAAACAAAUAUUACAUAAUUAUCGUAAUUCUACUUCAUUAGCUGAAGUGUUAAAACAACGUUUAAAAAUAUUAAAAAAUGAAAUUGAUAAUUAUAAUCUUCAAAUAAAAAAUAUUGUUCAAAAAGAAAAAGAAUAUUGGAAACAACUAGAACAAACAAUCGCUAAAAAAACAAAUUUACAUAAAGCAACAACGAAUAAUGUAAAACCAUUACAAAAUACAUCCAAUGCUCGACCUAUUGCUGUUGCCAAUGCUACAUUUGUCGUCGGUGUCAACAAAAAUAAUGAAAAUCUACCUCCAUCAGAAUAUAGAUCUGACGAAAUAGAAAAUAGAUCUCCUGUAAAAGUGCCUAAAAUUCGUAAAAAGAAAAAAUGUGCAUCGUAG